UUUGAGACGCUUGGUCGGCUGCGUGCCCUGUGUUGUCUGCACGCGCCCCGUCUCCGGCUCGCAAUCGCGCCGGUCUCUAGUUCUUCCCAUUCAUUAGCCGGUGCGUCCGUUCAGGUCGAGUGCUCGCAUAGUUCCCGGACACAGUUCAGUUUUGUGAACACUUGAACAUUAACUCGUGACACACUUGAAGAAAGUGAAGCGUGCCGUUGUACUCAGGAUUUGUGUCCUGACUCGGAGAAACUAAUCCCACGCUACGUAGAACAGGCGGUUCUUCCAUCGCCAUGAAGGGUGAGGGGCUGCGCUUGGCGCGGCUGGCGCUACUGUUACUGCAGGCCACAGUUGUUCUCAGUCGAACAGCGUUUGAAAAGUUGACUGAUGUAGACUUCUCGGGAACUGCGUACUACACAGUACGAAACCUAUCACUGUAUGAAUGCCAGGGCUGGUGUCGCGAGGAACCUGACUGCCAAGCCGCCUCCUUCAGCUUUGUGUUGAAUCCGUUGACACCGGUGCAAGAAACGCGAUGCCUCCUUCAGAACGACACUCAGGCCAACAACCCCAUGGCCACUCCACAGCGGUCAGUGAACACGUACUACAUGGUGAAGCUGCAAGUGCGUACAGAGAGCGUUUGCCUGCGGCCCUGGGCGUUCGAGAGAGUGCCAGGCAAGGCGCUGCGCGGACUUGACAACUCUGUCAUCUACACGUCGACCAAAGAAGCCUGUCUCGCCGCCUGUCUUAACGAGAAAAAGUUCCCGUGCCGUUCAGCGGAGUAUGAAUAUGGCAGCAUGCGGUGUUCGCUCAGCGACUCCGACCGACGCACGGCGCAACACUUCGUGCAGCUCGUGGACACGCCCGGCACCGAUUACUUCGAGAACUUGUGCCUGAAGGCGUCGCAGGCGUGCAAGGGGCAGCGCGUGUUCACAGCGCCGCGCAUCGGCGUCGCCGAGGACAAGGUGGCCCAGUACGCCGGCCUACACUACUACACCGACAAGGAGUUGCAGGUUACAUCCGAAGCAGCUUGCCGGCUCGCAUGCGAAAUUGAGUCAGAGUUCCUGUGUCGCUCCUACCUUUACAUGGGCCCCCCUCACUCAGCCGCGUACAACUGCCGACUGUACCACUUGGACCACCACACCCUGCCUGAUGGACCUUCAGCGUACCUCAACGCUGAGAGACCACUCAUCGAUGAUGGAGAACCCAUCGGAAAGUACUUCGAGAACUUCUGUGAAAAGCCGCCUAGCAACGCGAAUCCUCCUGGCGAGCUCCCGGUAACGAUUGAGCAUCAACAAGACACGAACAUGUCGAGCAACCUGACGAGGAACGAUGCCAACUGCGACAAAACUGGAACCUGCUACGAUGUUUCCGUGCUCUGCAAGGACACGAGGAUCGCAGUCCAAGUGCGCACGAACAAGCCAUUCAAUGGACGUAUUUAUGCUUUGGGACGUUCAGAGACUUGCAACAUUGACGUCGUUAACAGCGACCUAUUCAGACUCGACCUCACCAUGGCUGGCCAAGAUUGUAACACUCAGAGCGUCACUGGAGUAUACUCAAACACCGUCGUCCUCCAACAUCACAGCGUAGUGAUGACUAAAGCGGACAAGAUUUACAAAGUCAAGUGCACAUACGACAUGAGCUCGAAGAACAUCACAUUCGGAAUGGUACCAAUCAGAGACCCGGAGAUGAUUUCCAUCACUGCCGCGCCCGAGGCACCGCCACCACGCAUCCGUAUCUUGGACGCUCGCCAACGCGAGGUGGAGACCGUCCGUAUUGGAGACAGGCUUACCUUCCGCAUCGAGAUCCCCGAAGACACUCCUUAUGGAAUCUUCGCCCGCAGCUGUGUCGCUAUGGCCAAGGACUCAAAGAGCACUUUCCCGAUUAUUGAUGAUGAAGGAUGUCCUUUGGACCCAUCAAUUUUCCCGGCGUUUACUCCUGACGGCAAUGCACUCCAAUCGGUGUACGAAGCCUUCAGGUUCACAGAAUCUUACGGAGUCAUCUUCCAAUGUAAUGUCAAGUACUGUCUUGGACCUUGUGAACCGGCGGUGUGCGAAUGGGGCCGAGAUUCUUUGGAGUCGUGGGGCAGAAAGAAGCGUUCGUUGCCCCACAACGAGACCAGUGAGGCACACAGUCAGGAGGAAGAUAUGAACAUCUCACAAGAAAUCCUGGUCCUUGACUUCGGUGAUGAAAGACAGAGCACAGACUUCCUACGGUCAGACAAGCCUGGAGGCGUGGCAUCUGAAGCCAACUUUGGAGAAAAAACAGUAACGAUCGUGGAGCCGUGCCCCAGCAAGGCGUCCGUGUUGUUGCUGGGUGUGGCGUGCGCCCUGCUUGUCCUGCUAUACAUCGCGACCAUCUUCUGCUACUACAUGCGCAAGUGGCUGACACCGCCCAAGCACAUGUCAUAAUUAAAUUUAAUCUUAGAGAGGCUAUGUUCACGUUGGUCUCGACUCACUGGGACGCCACGUCCCGCUGCUUGUCUUGUAUUGACGAACAUGUGAUACAACUGACUGACGAACACAACAGUAAACAAUGUAUUCUCAGACAAUAUCCGUCCAUUUAGUAUAGGUUCCGUGAAUAUUUUCGUGGUGUAUAGAUUUGAGAAUUGAAUUUUGACGCCUAAUGUUUGGUAUGAUUGUUGUAACCACCGCGUGAUUUGCAUUUAAUUUAGGAGUAAUUUAUUGCAUUUAUUAAUUUUAAGUAGGUGUAUGAGUAGAUAAAAUCAACUUAUAAAAUCUUACUUUGUCCCCUUAAUACUGCAGUUUAAAGGGUAUUAUCGCAUUUAUUAGAUAAUUUUAACAGUUUAAGACAAUGCAUUUAUUAUAAUACUUAAGUUAGCUGACCAGUUUUGUACAAUUUUUGAGUACUCAUCAUAUCAGUAGUUACAAAAUAAUGUUUGGAAUAAUCCCUGAAAAAUUAUAAAGCUUGCAUUCAUCAUACCUUGAUUUUAGGGGAUUAUUCUGAACUGUCUACAUUGGUAAUGUUAGUUAUAGGGCAAUUAAUUAUUGUAGGAGUAAUAAUAGUCACAACUAUUUGCAUUUUUGUAACACUAUGGUAAUCAUAAAUACUAUUUCAUACAUUUUACAACAGUUUGAGGUAAACAAUUUUAUACUACGAGAACAAAAACUAAAUCAAUUUGUAAAUAUACUGUUACCUUAUUGACUUUGUGCUGCAAUGCUUAGUAUGACUUGUGAACUUUCAGUUGGGUUUCGAUGAAAUGUAGAACACACUUUGUACAUCCGUACAAGCAAUGUACAAACUGCCACAUGUUUCUCUUAACCCAACUUGAGAUUU